AUGGUACAGAAGAAGAUAGGAACGCACAACGGUCAUUUUCACGCUGAUGAAGUUUUAGCUUGUGUUUUAUUGCGUCAAUUGCCAGAGUACAAGGAUGCCGAAAUCGUCCGUAGUCGUAACCCAGCCGAUCUCGAGCCCUGCGACAUCGUCGUCGACGUCGGAGCAGUAUUUGACCCCGAAAGACAACGAUUCGAUCACCAUCAACGAGAAUUCACCGAAACAAUGAAGUCGUUGAAGAUUCUCGACUACGAAACAAAGCUCAGUUCCGCCGGCCUCGUCUAUGCUUACUACGGAAAGGCUGUGAUAAGCGCCAUCACUGGGAUCCCGAAAGAAUCGCAAGAUAUGGCCGUUUUGUACGAAAAGAUGUACGCCAAAUUCGUUGAAGAGUACGACGGCAUUGACAAUGGUGUGAAUCAAUUUGACGGGGAACCGCGGUACCACAUUACUUCUACCGUUAGUGCCCGGGUCGGGCGAUGCAACCCUAGAUGGAAUGAAGAUCAGUCGCCAGCGGCGGAGCGCGCGGGCUUCGAGAAGGCGAUGCAAAUAGUAGAGGGCGAGUUGCGCGACGCGCUGGACGGGUACGUCAAGUCGUGGAUGCCUGCGCGGGCGAUCGUCAAGGAAGCGAUAGAAGAGCGUAAAAAGCACGACCCCGAGGGGAGAUUGUUGAAAUUCCCCAAGGGAGGACUCCCCUGGAAGUCACACUUGUUUGAGAUGGAGAAAGAAAUGAAGAUCGAAGGUCAAAUUCUUUACGUAGUUUAUCAAAGCAAGCCCGAGGACUGGCGAAUCCAGUGCGUAUCAGAAUCAGAGGGUAGCUUCAAAAACCGAAAGACACUGCCCGAAGCCUGGCUUGGAGUGCGCGAUCAAGCUCUAAAUGAGCUCACCGGAUUAUCCGACUGUACAUUUGUGCACGCAAACGGUUUCAUUGGCGGUGCCAAAUCCGAAGCUUCUGUUAUGAAGAUGGCCGAAAUGGCUCUUCAGUGA